ACGGGGGCUCAAAAAUACCUCCGUCCGCAAUGCUCCAUUUAUUCGCCUUUGUGGAGAUCUUUUCGCCCUUCAUAAAGUUUGUGUAUCCUUGUCACGACGGAGCAUCUUCCGUGGCUGAUAACCAUAGGGAUUCACUCCGAUUUCCAUACCAUCCCAACUAACAAUGCGAUCGCUCGCUGAGUGGUCUCUACACCUCAAGCUAGACCGAGCCCUUACUCAACUGGAAUUAGAGCUUAUGUAUUCCAGGGUCUCUUUUAUCCAUAUUUAUCACAUUUUCUUUUCCCCAUGUUAACCAUACGUUUGGAGAUGGGAUAUUCCAUUCUUCAAACUCCUACUUGGUGGGAUCAAAUAUGCUGAACAAUGUCCAACAUAGACCCAACGCCUUCCAAGCCUGUGGUUUUCCCAUCGGUUGAAGAGUUUACAGUCGAGCGAAUAUUUCCUAUUCGCAAUCUUAUAGAUGGAAGAGAUGUUAACACUGGAACAACAUCACAGAACGUUGAGAAUGUUCCCUCAUACACCUCAAGCCAUCGAUACUCCAUCUUGACUCAACAAGCUCAAGAUAGAGCAGACGAUGUGAGCGGGAGACGUACCGAUGACUCUAACGAAUCGAACUUUUAUCCACCGCCUUAUCCACCUAUACCUUCUGACGAUAAAAUUCGCAGACUGCCUGAAACCUCGAUAGAAAACCAUUCAACGGGGAGUGGCAAUGAUGAACGGUCAUCGUCAUCCGAGUCUGAAAAAAAUAGGAAGAUAUCACAACGUUCACAAUUGGUCCCUUCAAAACAUGGCCCUCCAGGUAUUGCCCCCGGCGAACCUGUGAGCACCGAGGAACAGCCAUUCUGCAGGUGUGAGGAUGAACCUAUACACAUUCCAGGGGCAAUUCAACAAUAUGGGGCACUGGUCGCCUUAAGAUACAACGAUCAAGGGGAUCUUGUGCCUCGGAUUGCCAGCGAGAAUACGUUCAAGAUAUUGAAAUAUACGCCGGAACAAUUGUUUACCCUAAAGUCUUUUCUCGAUGUUCUUGGCGUGGAUGUUCGCGAAGACUUCAUCGCACGGGUGGAUCAUGCUCUUCGAGCCGUCAGCAAAAAUCCAUCUUCUGACACACGCCUGGAUAUAUUCUCCAUGUCAGUUGUUGCACAUACAGGAUUGGUCAAUCUCUGGUGCGCAAUUCAUAUAUCCAAAAACACUGAUGAUUUGAUCAUCUGUGAAUUCGAAGAAUUUUCCGACCACAUAUUUCAUUCUGAUGGACUUCACACUACGAGAGAUUUACCAAAAACUCCAACGCGAACAAUUGACAAUGAUAUAGUGCUUGGAGAACGGUUGAAAAGUAUCUCCAGUGGAAGUCAACCGUUACGUGUCUUGCAAAUUGCCAAACGAAAAGGCAGACAUGCCGUUGGUUCCCUGGAGGUGUUCAACGCGAUGACACAAGCACAAGAACAACUUGCUGCUUGUACUUCCGUCCAGAAGCUUCAAGAUGUGGUUGUCGGCCUCAUAUUUGACUUGACGGGCUUUCAUCGUGUCAUGUUUUACCGAUUUGAUACAGAGAAAAAUGGAUGUGUAGAGGCUGAGUUGGUUAACCCCAAGGCAAGUGAUGAUAUAUUCAGAGGGUUGCAUUUUCCAGGUUAGUUUUCGUUCGAAAGUCCAUUUUCUCAUUUUACAUUGACCAACAACAUUGUUUUCUUUCUAGCUUCGGAUAUUCCUAAGCAAGCUCGCGAUUUAUACAAAAUCAACAGGAUUCGAAUUUUGUAUGACCGGGAUGAAGAAACUGCACGACUAGUAAGCACGGAAUCCAUUACCUGGUUGGUUUUUGUUAAGCUAGGCAUCGCGUUAUUUCUUAGCCAGACAUCAGAAGCCUGAUUGCUCGAAAGUGCAUCUCGAACUUUGAAAUGGACAUUGUCUCACAGCAUUGAUGCUGAAGCAAAACCGAACGCUACCGUGCUGAUCAUCUUAUAGGUCUGUCGUGACGAAUCGGACUUCGAAAAGCCAUUAGACUUGACACAUGCAUAUUUACGUGCCAUGUCACCACUCCACAUAAAAUAUCUUUCGAAUAUGGGAGUACGCUCAACAAUGUCAAUCUCUAUUGUGAUUGAUGGUGAUUUAUGGGGAUUAGUGGCAUGUCAUGGAUAUGGUAAUAGCGGUGUUCGUGUAACGCUACCGAUGCGUGAACUGGCCAGAAAUAUUGGAGAAUGUGCUUCAACAAAUAUCGAAAGGUUACUGAUGCAGCAACGUAUCGAAGCUCGAAAAGCACCGCGUCAGAAUACAGGAAAGACACCUUCCGGUUUCAUUGCGGCAUCUUCUGAUGAUUUGCUGCGUGUCUUCAAUGCCGACUUCGGUCUUCUCAACAUUCAGGACGAAGCACGAGCUAUCGGAAAACUUCGCCCCUAUCGGGAGGCCUUAGCGAUUCUUGCACACUUACAAUCUCGGCACUUUACGGAAAUAUUUGCCACGCACGAUAUUGUGAAAGACUUACCAAAACUAAAGGACCCGUCGGGAAUCAAUUCUGUAGCUGGUAUACUCGUCAUACCUCUUAGCACUGGCGGAAAUGACUUUUUGGUUUUCUUCAGAAGAGGUCAACUUCGCGAAGUCAGGUGGGCGGGUAAUCCUUAUGAGAAAAUGAACAGGACUGAUGGUCAGUACCUAGAACCAAGAAGUAGUUUUAGACGCUGGACAGAGACUAUCAAAGGCACUUCCAAAACAUGGAACACCGAUGACUUCGAAACUGCGUCUGUAUUAAGUCUUUUGUAUGGAAGAUUCAUUGAGAUCUGGCGGCAAAAGGAAUUAACAGGACAUAAUCGAAUGACUCGCCUCCUGAUAAAGAACACAAGUCAUGAAGUACGCACGCCGUUAAAUGCCGUGGUUAACUAUCUCGAAAUGGCACUAGAGGAUAAAAUCGAGUCCCCAACUCGUGAGUUGCUAAUAAAAGCUCAUAAGGCUUCAAGAUCUUUGAUAUAUGUCAUCGAUGAUCUGCUGAAACUCACCAAAGCCGAAAAUGGUCCGGUCAAUUCAAUCAAAGAUGUUUUUGACCUCUCAGCUACAGUUUCGGAAGUCAUGUCAGCUUUUCGAAAGGAAGCAGUACGGAAGAGCUUAGAUCUGACUGUCACUAUACAUCAAGGUGUACCAGAAAUGGUCAAAGGUGAUGCUGCUCGAUUACGACAGGUUAUUUCCAAUCUCACAAGCAACGCGUUUCAAAAUUCCGUAGCUGGUGGUGUCAAAAUUGACAUUCGGCCUUUACAGGUAUGGCCAAAGAGUACCGUAAUCUCUCUCACUGUCCAAGAUGUGGGUCAUGGAAUGUCCGAAUCACAACUUGAUGAAUUAUUUCAGGAGUUUGAGCAAAUAUUGGACGAGACAGAAGUCCCUACCCCGACAAAGCCAUGGCCAUCAAGUGACACGAGAGAGACUCUUGGUCUUGGCCUCGCUGUCGUAGCUCGAUAUGUUCGUAAUUCCAACGGCCAAAUUCGAGUACAUAGCGAAAGAGGAAAAGGGACAAUAUUUGGCAUUGAAUUACCGUUUGAACAUGCCGCCACUCCGGUGGAUAUCCCAGAACUCUCAUUCAAUAAUAGCGGAAAACAUAUUCGUUCAUUAUCUGAGACUGGUAGUGUCUAUGAUGACAGCGACCGGAUAACUUCUAGCUAUACGCAUUCCGCUUUUGGGAGUACUCCACUAGCGACCCCAAUUGAAGAAGGUUCAUCUUCCGCUACAUCAUUCUUUGAUGUUGCAUUUUCCUUUAAAGAAGACCCUGUUAUUGCGUCGACGGCGCGCAGAAUAUCAAGCACACCCUCAUUAACCACCUUUAGUUGUAUGUCAACAAAUAAACCACUUUCAAUCCUAGCAGCGGAGGACAACCCUAUCAACGCAAAACUUCUGCACAGGAGACUGGGUAAACUUUCACACACAGUUGAAAUUACAAAUGACGGGCAAUCAUGUCAUGAUUGCUACAAGUCUCAAAAUAACAGCGUUGAUGUUAUCUUGAUGGAUUUACAGGUGUGCUAUUUGUUCUUUUUAAAGACCGAUUUUUAUUAACGAUAAAUAGAUGCCUCUUGUUGAUGGUUCUAUGGCAACGAGAAUGAUACGUCAUUUCGAAAAAGAUCAUCCUGAAUUACAUAAAGCAAGAAAGAGAGUUCCUAUUCUUGCCGUUUCGGCCUCGCUUGCAGAGGAAAAUCGUUUUGAUUAUAUCGAAGCUGGGUAUGUUCAUAUACACACACACUCUUUUAUAUAUAUGUUAUUUAUUUAUAUUCGCGUGUUCCCUAUAUUUUAUAUCAAUAAAGAAACUAAUAUCAUCUAGCUUCGAUGGUUGGAUUCUAAAACCUAUAAACUUUACCCGUUUGGACUUUCUCCUACGUGGCUUGAGUAAUCCUCAACUCAAACAACAGGCGCUUUAUAUCCCGGGAAUGUGGGAACAAGGUGGAUGGUUCUUGGCUUGAGCAUUAAUUAGAUGGUUGUUGUUGUUGUUGUACUCGUACAAAAAGUGCUAGAAAAGGAAGUUAGUUAUCUACGUUUCUGGAGGUGCCUUCUUUUUCUUUUUUCCUUUUUUCUUUUUAGAAAAAGGGCAUUUAAUUAAGUUGAGAUUCGACUGUGGGUGUUGGUGUUGGUGUUGGUGUUGCGGGUAUUGGUUGAAUGAAUGGUACUACAGCUACGGCAUUGGGGUUGGGAUUAUUAUUAUCAUCAUAUCGGUCGAUCGAUCGAAGUAUAGAGAUGCUUUCCUUUCUUUUUUGCAACCUUUUUGCAACUUUAAUUAUCAACAAAUAGAUUUUUAUUCGUCACGUUAAUUGAUAACCGGUUCGAAUAUAUCGCAGUAUACCUACUGUAACGAUCUGGUCGAGG